GGUGAGAACUGAGAUGAGAUAAUGUUUUAUCAUAUCGUGUUUCUUGCGCAAAGUAGCUGUGCAUUGGAAAUUUAUAAUGGACGAAAGUGGAGUUGUGUCUGUGAAAAUUCUAUUUUUUGCUAAAGCUCGUGAAUUAUCAUGUGUUAAGGAAUCGAAAUUAACGAUACCGAAGGAGAUCACUUACCACAGCCUUAGGGAUAAGAUUGUUAAAAAAUUUAACUUGGGAGACAUCCGGGAAAAUCUUAUUUUGGCUCUUAACGAAGGUUUUGUGACUGAAGACGUGAAACUUAACCUCUCGGAAAAAGACGAAAUUGCUGUUAUUCCACCUUUAAGUGGAGGUUCGUAUUCAUCUUUUUAUUUUUAA